AUGAAGAAACCCGCAGCAGCCACAGCGUUGCUUGCAGGUGCUGGUCUCGCCAACGCCACCCUCAACUGCUCGACUGAAGCCUUCCAAAAGAUUAUACCUGCCAAUGCCUCAGUUGUACUAGCCAAGCGCGUGGCCGAAAAUGGCACAUUCACGCCCCCAGCAGCUGACACCGGCUUCCCCGACCCAGCGUAUCAGCUACCGGCACUCUGUGCUGUGCAGAUUGAAAUGCCCACUGAUGCCGACACAACCUCCAACUUUGGUUUGUUCCUACCAGACACCUGGAAGGGACGUAUGGUGGUUUCGGGCAACUCUGCCUUCUCAGGAGUCAAUUAUGCGGAAAUGGGCGCCGGAGUUACCUAUGGUGCAGUUGCAAUGUCCACUGAUACCGGCCACGACUCUGCCUUUGACAACUCCUGGGCUAAGAACCCCGAGUCCAUCGUCGACUGGGGCUGGCGCGCAAUGCACCUCUCCAUAGUGGAAGCCAAAAAGGUCAUCGCCGCCUACUACGGCAAGCCCCUAGACUACAGUUACUACAACGGCUGCUCAACUGGCGGUCGUCAGGGGUUGAAGAAAAUUGAAGCAUUCCCAGACGACUUCGAUGGCGCAGUCGUCGGUGCUCCAGCCUGGUGGACGACUCACCUGCAGCUGUUCAACAUCUACGCUGCGGAGUACCAUUUACCAGAAAACUCGACACAUCAUAUCAGCUCCGACUUGUUCGAGUUAAUUGCCAAUGAGACUCUGAAGCAGUGUGAUCCUCAAGACGGCGUAAAAGAUAACAUAAUCUCCGACCCACGUCGCUGCAACCUCAACCUCGAAACCAUGCUCUGCCCAGCCAACACUACCACCAGCGACAGCAACACCUGCCUCACCGACGCCCAACUUGACACCCUCUACCACUACUACAACGACUGGACUGUCCGACGCCAUGGACCCCGGCAACGCCACAGCAGACAACUUCGACCUCUCACCCUUCUACAACCGCGGCUCAAAACUCAUCCACUACCAGGUCUCGCGGACCCGUCCAUUCCCACCGGCGGCAGCGUGUACUUCUACAAGCAAAUACAGCGGACUUUGCGAAGUAAGGGCAUUGAUCUGGAUGACUUCUACAAGUUCUACUUGAUCCCGGAAAUGGAGCAUUGCGGAAGCACACCAUCAAACAUGGAGGCGCCGUGGUAUAUUGGGGGUUCGUCGCAGGCGUCGACUAUCGGAAGUGAUGGGUCGGGGAAUCAUCUUCAUGAGAGGAAGGGGUUCAAUGAUGGAAAGCAUGAUGCGUUGUUGGCUAUGAUUGGAUGGGUAGAGAAUGGUACGGAUGAUUUGGAUUAUGUUGUUAAGCAGAGGCCGAUUUGCCCGUGGCCGAAGCAAGCGAUGUAUAUCGGCAAUGGGAGUUUUUGGGAGGCGGAUACUUGGGAGUGUGAAGGAUUAUAUUAG